AUGGCUGCUCUUACAAGAAAGCUAACUGUAGUUGGAGAUGACCGUUGUGGUAAGACAUGCCUCCUCUUUGCUCUGUGUCAUGAACAGCUGCCCAAGUCUUGUGAGCCAACUCUGUUCAAUGCUUACACCAGUGACUCAGAGGUAGAAGGCAAAGAGAUGAAACUAGUUCUCUUCAACACGGCAGGGAAGAACGAUGUCAGUUACCAGAACCUCCGCUCUGUGUUCUACAAGGACACUGAUGUUAUUUUAAUGUGCUUCUCUGUGGACAGGCCUGACUCACAGCAAAACAUCCUUGAUUUUUGGGUUCCAGAAAUCAAAAUGUUCUGCCCCACAGUACCUAUUAUUCUGGUGGCUACCAAGAUAGAGCUAAGGGUUGAUGAAGGUAUGAAGAAGAAACUAACUUCUCCAGGCAACGAGCCAAUUACCACUACAGAAGGAAAAGCUUUAGCUGCCAGCAUUGGAGCAUAUGCAUACCUGGAGUGUUCUGCCAAGACAAAAGAUGGUAUGGAUACAGCCCUGGAGGUUAUUAGCCAAUGUGCAUUAGAAGAGAAAAGGACAAGAGAGAGUCACACAGCUGCUGCAGAAUUUUGUAAGAGGAAUGAGCAUUAUUUUGUUGUUGGAUUUCAUCAUGUGAAAAG